AUGGAGAUCAACGAUUUUAUCUUCUCUUAGUGCGAAUAAGAAAUCGAUACUAAAGAAGAUCACCCUAGUCUACUAUAAUCGGACCAAAAUAUGCGCCUAUCAUUGUUUGGAUUGCAUAGUCCUGAACCAUCUAUUAUUGAAAACUUGUCAAAUAAUGGAAGUUUGUUCGAUUAUAACUUCUCCAACCACGACUAUUAUGGCACUAAAGAAUCUGAAAUUGUUAUCUGUAAAGCAAUUAGGAAAAUUCGUAAAAGGAAAUCAUAAAAAAGUGGACUUCUGAGCAAAAAUGAAUUCAUUGCCAUUUUAAAGAGAGUAGAGUAAUGUCAAUCCAUAUAAUUCUUUCUGGAUUAAUUAUCUCAUACUGUUAAAACAAUGAAAGAGCAUUUAUUGAAUAAGCUCAAAAAGACUUGCGAUAAAUGA